UAUUCUGUUAAUGGAAAUUCAUGGCAAUAUACACAUCCUCUCAGAUACACAUUUAUAUAAAAGGAAAACCGUUUAGUUCACAUUGCACUGUUAUCUCUCCUUCUUGCAUAAUUCUUUACGAAGAAGAUAAUUUGCUUAUAAAGGAUUUCCUCGAAUACUCGAUUAAGUGCCUUGAAAACUUUUGAUGUCGUAAGAGGCUACGACUGAGCAUAAAUUCACUCGCUUUUUUAAUAUCAGACUACAUUGACCAAGAUGGCAACAAAGAUCUACGUCACUAAUUUCAUCCUGCUGAUCUUCGUAGUAAGCUCAUUGCAGUCAGUGGUAGAAAGAAAAAGAAGGGACGCAGUAGUGAUUCCUGUGCCGUCUACUCAGAUGGAUACCGUCCCACCGCCGUCCAAUCCGAUGGAAUUGCUUUCAGGCUCGUCCAAUCAGAUGGAAGUAGUUCCUGUGCCGUCCAAUCCGAAAGUAGCAGCCUGGCUGAAAGAGAACAUGGAGAAUAACCCUCACUGGGAGAAAGACCUCGCUGGGUGGAUGAACGCGCCAAAUUGGAUCAAACACUAAAACCACACUUAAUAUUUUGCUAUU